GCCUGAAUCAUGCGCCCCACUCGGAGCGGACCGAGUACGCCUCACUUUGAAUCCUCUCAUUCUCCUGAUACUCUCGCAGUCACAGAUCGAUCUGUUUACUCCGUUCGGAGCAACUCAUCGGCUAUGGAAUCCUCACGAUGCUCAAUUACCGGCAUGGCUUGUCUAUAUCUGUCAGUCUCGGCAUCUUGGUGACCUCACUCUACCGAACUGCUUCGAUCAACCUGGUGUGAUCAGCUCUCACCUGCGUGAUUAGUUCACAUUGAUCAAGGCCUCAAGAAUACCUCUCUCUCCGCCCUCAAUUUACAGGAAUAGCCCUGUCAGGACGCAAUUUACCCUUCCAAGGGUUGCCAGCAGCAUAAGAAUUCGGUAAAAUUCCGGGAGAUUGUCCCCUGGGGCAAUCUCUUUUCACUUGGUCCGGUUUACAGUCCCGGGAUACGGAGACCAAUGAAGUUGGGUGGUUUAGUGAUCAAUCCACAGCAGUAAGAACUAUUGAGGAUGGUGUUUCGUCUAGAUGGGCUGGGCGAUUAAAGCGCCAUAGGGCAUAAUACAACUCAAACGGCCGCUGUCUAUCGGUGAAACCGAUGUCCUCAUUAGCUCUGCUUGGCAUGUCCACACCGUUAAACUUGGGCCACUUGUGGUCCCGCACCAAAUUGCUUAACUUGCAAUGGGCCAACGGUACUUCUUCGAUAUGGAAGAAACAGGCAUGGAUUCCAUGUACAUGGAUACUUCACGCGUGGUUUGGCUCAGACAGUUCCCACAAUUUUAAUUUGCCCAGCGCAUUAGUUUCUUUCUCCCAGCCGUCCUUCAAUAUUGUAGCUUUUCUGGGUUGCCUGGCAUGAUUGGGGCCGUGCCAUGGGAUCAGUGGGCGACCUCGAUUUUAUAUGAAUGACGGUAACUGCCCUGGUGGCUACUCAGCUUGCUUUUCUUCCUUGAUUAUCGCUUUCUUUCCUUUCAUUCUUUUCGGCCAUACCGCCGUCAUUCUUUUUUUUUUCUUUCUGGGUUGCUGCUGGGCCAGCUUGUCCCGUUCCCUUCAUUACUGUCGUUAUACUAUCAUUCUUUCGUAUUCGUGACCUACUUUUCAUUUCUUUCUGUAUUUCUGGUAAAUUAGAAGGCAAUGCGCUCCUCUCUCUUCGGAGGCCUUGUGGCCUUGAGCUCGGCGCUCGGCGCUGCGGCCAUGAACUACAACUCUUCCGCUUACAGUGAUUCGACAACCGGUAUCGACUUCCAGAGAUGGUGCGAUGAAAAGACCGGCUUUUGUUUCGGCUUGGCCCUCCCUGAAACAGUUGAUUCCGACUUCAUCGGUCAGCUGG